GCGGGGCUUGAAUCCACCCCACAGAGUGAAGUCGAUUUCAAUGACUACGUUCACACAACAGGAAAUAGAAUUUCUGCAGAAACAUGGAAAUGAAGUGUGCAAACAGAUUUGGCUCGGCCUAUUUGAUGAUAGAUCAUCAGCAAUUCCAGACUUCAGGGAUCCACAGAAAGUAAAGGAAUUUCUACAGGAAAAAUAUGAAAAGAAAAGAUGGUAUGUUCCUCCAGAGCAAGCAAAGGUGGUGGCAUCAGUCCAUGCAUCCAUCUCGGGCUCUUCUGCCAGUAGUACAAGCAGCACGCCUGAGGUGAAGCCGCUCAAAUCUCUCUUGGGAGAAGCUGCACCCGCACUGCACUUAAACAAGGGCACACCUAGCCAAUCUCCUGUUGUAGUUCGAUCUCAAGGACAGCAGCAACAAGAAAAGAAACAAUUUGACCUCCUCAGUGACCUUGGCUCAGAUAUCUUUGCUGCUGCCCCUCCUCAGUCAACUGCUACAGCGAAUUUUGCUAAUUUUGCACACUUCAACAGUCAUACAGCGCAGAACUCUGCCAAUGCAGGUUUUGCAAACUUUGAUGCAUUUGGACAGUCUAGUGGCUCGAGUAAUUUUGGAGGUUUCCCCACAGCAAGUCAGUCUCCUUUUCAGCCCCAAAAUACAGCGUUCAGAACGCUUUCAUCUAGCUGCAGUUUUGGUGAAUUUACUUCAGCUUUUCCUCUCCAGGCUGUACACAGUGGAAGUGCUGGAUCAGUGAAUGCUAAUUUUGCUCACUUUGAUAACUUCCCCAAAUCCUCCAGUGCUGAUUUUGGAUCCUUCAAUGCUUCUCAGAGCAACGCCACAGCAACUGCAGCCAGUAAAGCUGCAGUGAAUAAACUGAAUCUUCAGUCAGCUGACAAAUAUGCAGCUCUUGCUAAUUUAGAUAAUAUCUUCAGUGCAGGGCAAGGUGGGAGUGAGCAGGGAAGUGGCUUCAGCACAGCAGUGUCCUCAGCAGGCCCUGCCCUGUCAGCCCCCAACCAGUCAAGUGCAUCUUCGGACAAGUACGCGGCGCUGGCGGAGCUGGACAGCGUCUUCAGCUCCACGGCCACCUCCAGCAACGCCUACACCGCCACCAGUAACGUCAGCAGCAAUGCUUUUGGAACAGUACCUGUAGCUGCUACAGCACAGACGCAGCCUGCAUCUUCAAGCGUGCCUGCUCCAUUUGGAGCAACGCCUUCCACAAAUCCAUUUGUAGCUGCCCCUGUUGCCCCAGUGGCACCUUCAACAAAUCCAUUCCAGACCAAUAGCCGAGGAGCAACAGGCCUCUCGGGAGCAAUGCACUCUCACAUAUUUCCUCAGGCUCAUUUUGCAGCAACAUUUGGUACUGCAUCCAUGAGCAUGCCGGCAGGAUUUGGAACUCCUGCCUCCUACAGUCUUCCUACUAGUUAUAGUGGCAACUUCCAGCAGCCCACGUUCCCAACCCAGGCAGCUUUCCCUCAACAGACUGCUUUUGCUCAGCAGCCAAAUGGAGCAGGUUUUGCUACAUUUGGGCAAGCAAAGCCUGUAGUAACUCCUUUUGGACAAGUUGCAGCUGUUGGAGUAUCUAGUAACCCUUUUAUGGCUGGUGCACCAACAGGACAAUUUCCAACAGGAAGCUCAUCAACCAAUCCUUUCUUAUAGCCUUAUAGACACUUUACCCAAAAGAACUCUUAUGUGGUCACAUAACAUCUCUGCGCCUCUUGCACUGUUGUCUUGUUUCACUGAUAUUAGCUUUAAACACAAAAGAAGUCUUUAAGAAGUAAAAAUAAAAGCCUGCAUUGUGUACCUUUAAAAAGUUUCAAAAAGGAAAAAAAACCACCACCCAACACAAAAAGCAAGAAAACCAACCCCCCACCAGGUAAUAACGUGCAAAACAGAGGGCUGUGGUUACAUCCUUGAACCUGUGAAGUGGCAGGUACAAAGUAGCGGUAUCAUGUGUAUUACAAUUGGCUAAUAAGUUAUUGCAGAUACCACACUCAUUAUGCUGCAGUACUGUACAUAUUUUUCUUAGAAAAUAGCUAUUUGUGCAUAUCAGUAUUUGUAACUUUAACACAUUGUUAUGUGAAAAUGUUACUGGGGAAUAGAUCAGCCACUUUAAGGUGCUGUUGUAUCUCUUGGAAUGAAUGAGCUGCAUCAUUUUAACCAUUGGUAUUGGAAGUCACGAAGUUAAAUUGAAGGUUUGUUCAUUUCUCAAAAUGUUUUCCUUUCCUAAGAGCUCUUCUAUUUAUACAUGCCUAAAUCUCUAAUGUUAGAGGGAUACCUGUCUGCAUAAUAAAGCUGAUCAUGUUUUGCUACAGUUUGCAGGUGAAAAAAUAAAUAUUAGAAAAAAAA